CCUGAAUAUGUAAUUGAAAGCUAUCUCGAUACCAACCAAUGAAAGGCGGAGCUUGCCGGUUAGUUGCCGGUGGCCGGUGUGUACAGCUGUACAGUUCGGCGCAAAAUGUCAUUCGGCACACGUGUGUGACCAGUUGGAAGGAGACGUCAACGGUGUCGGUGGAUGUGUUUAUGGAGAAAAUCCUUUAUUUUUCCAUCGUAUAGUUUUUAGAUUUUAUCGCAACAGAAUGGAGUACAUUUACCGAUUACCGUUCUUAGUCCUGGAAGUGCCUAAUUUAAAAUUAAAGAGACCGUCCUGGUUCGUGAAACCUAGUGCUAUGAUAGUCUUCUCCUUCAUUCUUCUAUCGUACUUCUUGGUAACGGGAGGAAUCAUAUACGAUGUAAUUGUUGAGCCACCCAGUGUAGGAUCUACAACAGAUGAACAUGGUCACACAAGACCUGUAGCAUUUAUGCCAUAUCGUGUAAAUGGACAAUAUAUCAUGGAAGGCUUAGCUUCUAGUUUCUUAUUUACAAUGGGAGGUUUGGGUUUUAUCAUAUUGGAUCAGACUCAUGGUCCAUCAACGCCAAAACUUAACAGAGUUCUUCUGAUAUGUGUUGGAUUUCUCAGCAUACUUGUGUCGUUUGUUGCAUGCUGGAUAUUCAUGAAAAUGAAACUUCCGUAAGAUAUCAUAUUUAUAUUUUGAG